CGCCAUGGCAGAUCAUAACAACCAGCAGAAGCGAAUCCACCCACUCGCCGACGUUGAGGCACCACGAUCACCUUCACCUACCCACCCUUUAUUCCCCAGAAACACCUCCAAGUCCGACAACCCCAACGGCGACCACCACCGCUCUCCGUCGCAACCGAUUCCCAGACGAACCUUCCCGGUGAGCCACUCAAAGCCACCAAAGAGAAAAAGAAGCUGCCUCUGCAGGCUUUUAUGUUGGACCUUUUCUCUCCUCUUAAUCCUCAUAAUCGCUGUCGGAAUCACCGUCGGAGUCAUCUACCUCAUCUUCAGACCAAAGAUGCCGAAAUUCUCCGUUGACCAGUUACAAGUCGUCCAGUUCAACCUCUCCGGCAGCAACAGCCUCUCCGCCACGUUCGACGCUCGAAUCACCGCCACGAACCCGAACAAGAGGAUCGGAAUAUACUACGAAGGAGGCAGCAACAUCGAGGCAUGGUACGAGGAAACCAACCUGGCACGAGGAUCGUUUCCGAAGUUCUACCAGGGACAUCGGAAUACGACGGCGCUCACUGUCAUCAUGACGGGGCAGACGGAGGAUGCUUCUGGGUUGUUCAACAGGUUGCAGCAGCAGCAACAAGAGACAGGAAAUAUUCCUCUGAACUUGAAGGUGAAGCAACCUGUGAGAGUGAAGCUUGGGAAGUUGAAGCUGUUUAAGGUUAAGUUCAGAGUGAGGUGUAGGUUAGUGGUGGAUAGUCUCACGGCUCAAAAUGGUAUUAGGAUUCAGAAUAGCAGCUGCAAGUUUCGUGGGAUUAGGUUAUGAAUGAAUAUUAUUUGAUUCAUUCCAUUGAUCAUUGUAUGCAUUCAUAUGUAUUAAGGCAUCCUAUACGAGGCAUGGUCGGAUGCUUGUGGGAGGGUAGCCCAUUACUGGGUAGGAUAGGUUUCAUAUACGUAGUUAUUGAUUAUUGUUGUAGAUUAUUAUUUUUUUGUGUAGUGAUUGAUUUUUUCCAAAAUAAAAAUGGAGACAUUGAUGUCGUUGUUUCACUCCAUUAAUGAUGUUUUUAGGAUUGUGUGGCUAUGUUCUUCUGCAAUAUACAUAUACUUUACCAGGU